GCCCUCUCGGUUUCAGAUCCGCGAUCUCUUCCUGCUGCUUCUCGUCCCUGUGUUGCUUGAAGCGUCCUUGUGGCUCCGAGUUAACCAAACGUAGUGAAUGCAGUUAGCGCCGCAGCCUGGCCCUGCCCGCCACCAGGGUCACUCCCGUCUUCUAAGGUUGGGGGGAUCGCCUUCCCCGCAGCCGCCUCCUCCACCAGAUUUUCAGCAACUGAUGUUACAAACAAUAAAGUAUUGGAACAUAGAGUUGAGGAAAAGUCUUAAACCCGAUUUUUCCUCUAUUAGUUAAAAAUAUGGAUCCUGAGGCAGAGGGACCACCAGUUAUCAAAGUGACACCUCUUCAACAAAUGCUUGCCUCUUGUACUGGAGCUAUACUGACAUCGCUGAUGGUGACACCUUUUGAUGUUGUUAAAAUUCGACUCCAAGCCCAAAACAACCCAUUCUCCAAAGGAAAAUGUUUUCUAUAUAGUAAUGGACUCAUGGAUCAUCUAUGUGUCUGUGAAGAGGAAGGCAACAAAGUAUGGUAUAAGAAGCCAGGACGUUUCAAGGGAACAUUGGAUGCCUUUUUGAAAAUCAUUCGAAAUGAGGGCAUUAAAUCCUUGUGGAGUGGCCUUCCUCCCACCUUAGUGAUGGCUGUUCCUGCCACAGUUAUUUAUUUUACCUGCUAUGAUCAAUUAACAGCUCUUCUGAGAUCUAAAUUAGGAGAAAAUGAAAGCUGCAUACCAAUUGUUGCUGGAAUUAUGGCCAGAUUUGGUGCAGUAACUGUAAUAAGUCCUCUAGAAUUGAUUAGAACCAAGAUGCAGUCUAAGAAGUUUUCUUCUGAGGAACUGCAUCAAUUUGUCAGGAAGAAAGUUUCUGAAGACGGUUGGACUUCCCUCUGGAGGGGCUGGGCUCCUACUGUUCUUAGAGAUGUCCCAUUCUCAGCAAUGUACUGGUAUAACUAUGAAGUUUUAAAGAAAUGGUUGUGUGCAAAAUCUGGUUUACAUGAACCAACAUUUAUGAUCAACUUUACUUCAGGGGCACUAUCUGGUUCUUUUGCAGCUGUUGUAACUUUGCCAUUUGAUGUGGUAAAAACACAAAAGCAGACACAACUCUGGAUAUAUGAAAGUCGUAAAAUUUCUAUGCCUUUGCAAAUGUCAACCUGGACUAUAAUGAAGAACAUUGUUGCUAAGAAUGGAUUUUCUGGAUUAUUUACAGGCCUAAUUCCUCGUUUAAUUAAAAUUGCUCCUGCUUGUGCUAUUAUGAUCAGUACAUAUGAAUUUGGAAAGGCUUUUUUCCAGAAACAAAAUGCUCGGAGACAGCAAUACUAGUGAUGUUGUUUCAACCUGAAGUAAAACUAUGACCAAAUUAUAAGAUGGAGACUCUUAGGCAAGAGCUUUUUCACCAUUAUCUUACAGUGAUUUUAUAUCUUUAUCUGUAAUUUAAAUGAAUAGUAAAUUUCUACUUUGACUUUAAAUCAUAAUCCUAAUUUUAAAAUAAAUUUUGUUAUCCUAAUUUCUGAGCUAUUGAAAAAGAUAUUCCAGAAUCACAACCAUUGAGCAUUCUUGUAAAAAGAAAAGUUAUUCCUUAGCACUGAAGCAGUUAUCUCUAAGAAUUUGAUAUAGAUUCUAGUGUAACUUAAUCCUAUUGGGAGUGUGUCAGAUACAUGAGAACAUUUUGAAUUAUGUGCUGAAUGACGUAGUCUAGAAGAAAAAUUCCCAAGUCUUUUAUACAAUUUAAAUCACAGACAUAGAUAUUUAAGUGUUUCAGCAAAGUAGAUAAUGGAAGGCUGUCUGUUAAUAACAUUAUUCACAUUUACCAGAUAUUACCAUUUUAUUUAAUUCAAAUGCAUUUGGGUUUUUGGUCUUUUUUAAAAACCCUGUUGCUGCUUUAAGGCCUCAUGUGCAUUAGGAUUUCUCCGAUUAAAGGUACAGCUAUUUUAUCUUCAUGAACCAAAAUAUAAUUUGCAUAAUAUCAGUGCUGCUAUUUUUGGUGACUAAAGACUCUGAAUUAUCUACUGUUCCUGUGUGAGAGAGGGAGGCUUUACUGAUUGUAGUAAAUGUUCAUUUCACUCAAACUUGGGUGUGCAGUGGAAAACCACACUGUAUUUACACUAGUAAAAAUGAUGUUUCAGCACAGGAAAGGCCUCUGGCUUCACCAUCUUGUAAUUCAAGUAUCACUGUUCGCAGAGUUCUCUAGGCGACUUUAUUGGCUUGUUCUAACAAAAUUGAAAUUAUUAAUACAGUAUCAAACACAAAAUAUUUCCAAAAUGUCCCCUGAUUUUACACAUCUCACAUUAGUAUGCUGGACCAAGAAAUAAACAGGCAGCAGUUUCCUUGAAGAAAGAGUUUUCAGUCACUGGAGGCUCAUGCCUAAGUGAUUUAGUUUAUGAAUGUAGAAAUGAAAUGACAAGGAUAUGAUGGCAAGACAAGAAACAAUAUCCUUUUUUAAUAUUUUUUUUGAUCUUCUCAGGAUCUGUAUCCUAUCAGAAGAAGCACUUUAUUGCAGUCUGGUGUAUUUUAUGAAAUGUGAAGCAUUUCUCCCUAAAAUAGAGUAUUAUGUUUAAGUGACAAAUCUUUAGUGUUGAUAGAGGAAUUAAUAUAUUUUCUAUUGUAGUAGAAAACUGUUUAUAUGUUUCACCACAGAUAAACUAUUUAGGGUUUGUAUUUAACCUUCUGUGUUCAUUUUAUCCUGUGUUAAUUUACCUCAACUAAAUAAUUUAACUUAAAUAAUUUGCAACAUAUAUAUUCAUAAAAUGUAAAUAUUUAUAACUUUGCCAUAUUUUCAUUAAAAUAUUUCAUGCUUUCUUAAAAUCAUCACUGUGCUACUAGUUAAAUAUUUUCAUAUAAAAUUAGUGUUAAUGCUAUAUUAUACACACAUAUAUACAUAUUACACAUGCACAAAAGUUUACCUUGAACACUGCUGUUUAACAAUAUUAAGUUUAAAUUUACCUUGGUUCUCCUAUGCUUCUUUUUGAUAACUGGUAGAAAAAGGCAGAAAAAUUCAGAUUUUGAAUACUGCUCUCAAAAAACAGUCACAUAUUUCAACUUAAAUGUCACUUAUACAUACCAGAUGGGGAAUUUUCAUCUUUCCCCCACCCCAAUACUGACUGCAGUUGUCGAAAAUUCUUCCUGUAUGACUGGAAUAACUUAAAUCAAAUUCCCUACAUUUUUUCUAACAUGCAUCACACACAGUGUAAUCUGGAUGAAAAGAAGGCUGAACUGAAGCUUCAUCUAUACUUAAGUGAUAAAGAAGCAUUAAUAGUGGCAACUGAAAAAGCCUUGCCUACAAAUUGUGUUCUUGGUAAUACUUCUGAAAGCGAAAAGUUUCAUUCUGUUAAUGUUAAAUUUUCUAACAUACACAUUUAAUUUCUUAUGUGUAAGUUUUUUAAGAAGAAAUGUCUUAUUCAAGUAUUACAUAUUUGCUACUUUUCAUAUAAUACCCAUUUGACUUUUUUAAAAAGUAAUACAGAAUUUAAUUUUUUCUUCUAUUUCUAGGAAAAUUAUUCAUUAUGUUUACUUAACCACAUUUGACUCUAAAUUCUUCCCUCUUUUUUGCUGGGGCACAAAUUCCAGGGAUGUGGGAAAGUAUAGUGUAUCACUUGUGAAUUUUUUUCCAAAAUGAACUUUUAAAAUAAAUUACUACUCUUAUGUUUUAAUCUAUCA